GUUUGCAGUCACUUCAGAGAGCUCAGCAAACUUCUGUUACACAGUUACGAUGAAAGUGUUUGAGGCUUCCUUUGAGAAAUACUGAAAACUACAGAGGGACACUAAAUCAUAAAGGGGCAGUGAAACUAUGGAAAUACCAGCCAUAAAUCUCAAGGCCAUCGUGUUGGCUCACUGGUUACUGACACUCUGGGCAUGUUCAUUUCCCUGGCUUCCUACGUCUUAUGUGUUGGGGAACAUGAGUGUUCUUGCAGUGGGAGUGUGGGCCAUUGCACAAAGAGACUCCAUAGAUGCUGUAUUAAUGUUCUUGAUUGGCUUGGCACUGACCAUCCUGACUGAUAUUGUUCAUUUUGGGCUGUACUAUGCGAAUGCUGAAGGGGGAAAAACUGACUUGUUCCGCUUUUGUGGGGGCAUGGCCAUCCUGAACCUGCUGCUCAAACCUGUUUCCUGUGUCUUUGUCUACCAAAUGUACCGUGAGCGAGGUGGCGAAUACAAUGUCAACUUUGGUUUUCCAAAGAUAACUCGAAACAGAGAUGCCUACCAGUCCAUUGACCAUCAGGACCAGUCUGGCAGCUCUGCCAGCUCCUACAACCAAGCAGAAGGUGGCAAACCUGGGCCAAGUUCCUACUAAACAAAGACCAAACCCAAAAUAUAACCAACAAGCUUUCUCUGCUACCAAGGCCAUAAUGUAUAAGUAAUUUUUGAUUGGUUUAUGGAAAUAAUUCUUUUAAGAAUAUUAUUUUUUGUAUUUCGUGGAUAGAUAGUACAAGCUUCAAAAACAUGAACAAUAGUCUUUUAGCAAACUAUUUAAACAGCUGUACAUUUAGUUGUUUUUCAGCCUGAGGUUUGUGAAGCUCAUAAUGUUCAGUUUCAUCUUAGAAAGUUGGAUCUCGAGUUGGAGUUGGUGCACCACUGUAAUACCAGUGAACUUACAUGGUAACUCCUCAGGAACUGUCCUCUUAAUAUAAAGUGGACACCAACCACAAUUUUUAUGUAAAGCCUAAUUUCCUGGCCACUGCAGUGUAACAUCAGAGUAAUUACAUGAUACAUCUAAUAUAAAGUGUAACACUUUCUUUACCAAAAAGUGCUAAUAGUCCUGUUACACAUUUGUAUUUUCAUUACCAAAAAGUGUUACCAAUGUCCUGUUACA